AUGUCGACAACGACUCAACCGGGCAUGUUCCAAUGCGGGACCUGCUCAAGAGACAUGUUGCUGGGCACGGUUCUCAAGCUGGGGACAGCACCGUGUCAGACCAACCCCGGUUCAUGCCAGGAAGGUGACGAAAAACCUUGUCGGAGAUGCCAAGAGAAAGGCAUUGAGUGCAAGUGGAAUGACCCCAUGGAGUUGGAUGCAGAGUAUGCCUCUUCUGAGGAUCAACAGCAGGAUAACUCUAUGUUCUCACAGGAUAAUGGAUCCUCUUCAAUGGCUGGCUAUCCAGAGCAGAAUAGUAUCGGGUCGACAUCUGCUUCUUCUGUUAUGGGUCAGCAGUCGCUGGAUAUCUUGACGCCUCAGACAACACAAAGUCUCUUCCAAAAUCUCGACCCAUCCCUAAAUCCUGCCACAGACCCUCUCUUCUUCCAAUUCCCAGAUCUCAACCUCCUGUCAGGCGGAUGGGGUUCAACCCAAGCCAACGACGUCGAUAUGUUCUCCUACAACGAGCUCGACGAUAUAGACCUCCGGUUCCUCGACUCAUAUAACACCACUAUCCCCUUCGAGAUAAGAAGUAUCCAACCAACACCAAGAGGCGCCCAAACACCGCGUGUCGCCUCACAUACCGACCCUGGCGAACCAGCUGCCAUGUGUACUGAAGCCUUUCAGAACUCCCAUUGGAAGUUCAGACCCAACGCCAAAGACCAUGCUGGAGCUGAGGAACAUAAUCUUGCUCUCCCUGCUACAGACUCUGCUUAUCCCUCACCCGAGUCUGGCGUCGCCUUGGACUUGAACACGAGGGUCACUUGUGCCAAGUUGGAGGGUCCUGCGAGAGAUAGGAUUCUAAUGAUGGUUGUUAGUAGCUGUCGCUCAGAUCACCUGUCUAAAGCAGUUGCCUCUUUUCCUUCUGCUGAGCUACUGGAUACACUGCUUCAGUAUUACCUGACCUCGCCUGUCUCGCAUGCUACAGCUUUCAUCCAUGCAGCUUCUCUCAAUCCCAAUGAGAAGAGACCUGAGUUGGUCGCUGCCAUGGCGGCUUGUGGAGCUGUCUUGACUUCCGACCCUGCUCUAUCGAAACUCGGUUAUGCUAUUCAAGAGUGUCUUCGGAUUUCUGUGGCCAAACAUUGGGAGCGUGACAACUCUCUGGUGCGGGACCUUCAGUUGACUCAAGCCUUCCAAAUCAUUCUCGAGAUGGGGAUCUGGAGUGGUCUUCCCAGAAAGGUUGAGAUCGCGGAGAGUUUCUUCCAUCCAGUACUUACCAUGAUGCGUCGCGCCGGAAAGUUCAAGAGGUCUGCAUACUCUGAUCACAAACCUUCUGGACCACGCCAGGCAUCACGAGAGGAGUGGCUGAAGUGGGUCGAGGACGAGUCUUUCAAGAGGUUGGCCAUGCGAAUGCUUUCUCACGACGCAAACGCUUCCAUGGCACUCAUGGUUAGUCCAUCUGUCUCGUAUGCCGAGAUUCUACUGCCUCUGCCAGGACAUGCAGACUUGUGGAAUGCUCCCUCCCCAGAACAGUGGAGCUCAUUAAUGGCCACACGUGAGAACAGCGAACCACUCUACGUGGCCGAUGUCAUUGAUGACCCUGAUGUCUUGAAUAGCUAUGCUGGCUCGGUAGAUGCCUACGUGGCGAUCCUAGCCGUCUUGGCGUGCACGUGGACUAUGUGCUGGGAGUAUCUUCAGAUCGCCUCCCUGCAGCGAUCAAAGCCACGACGUUGGAAUACCCUCGUUACUGAGAUGCGGAAAGAUGAGUUGAUCAAACUGAUCGGGCAUUUGAAACUCAGCUUAUCACCGGAAGCUUCUGCAGACCCUGAGAUUCAAAUGCGUCUUGAACUUUCUUUGUUGCACCUCCAGAUGCCAUUUGAAGAUAUCCAAAUAUUUGCUGGUAUGGAAGGUACUGAGCGUGCACGGGCGGUAUAUCCCAUGGUUCGCGACUGGGCUAAAAGCGAAGCCGCUCGGCAUACAAUCUACCACGCAGCUCAGAUCGUCCAAAUGGCCAAAGCCGCACCAAGAGGUUCCAUGCGCGGUCCCAUGGCCAUAAUGCUAUACCACGCUAGCUUGGCCUUUUGGGUGUACGGUCUCUUAUCUGACCAUUCGCGUGCUUUGAGCCAGAAUGUUUAUCUUGACGACGCGGAUAAUAUCUCGCUGCAACGAUUCAAAGGCUUCGGUCAAGGACAGCCAUGUAUCAGAUGGCGAUCGGAGAUCGAGGGGCAAGGUGAAGUCAUGAUGAGCGUCUCUUUAAGUCAGCCUGAUAAGGUCAUGGAGGCUGUUAUGUCAGUCGUGAGAAGGAACUUUGCGGGAAUGUCGACGCCGCAUCUUACGGAGAAGCUGGUACAGCUUAUGGCUGAGUUGGAGAAUUCGGCGAAGAGGAAGAUGGAUGCUUGA